GUGGUAUAUGAAUCAGUGAGAUAUUUUCAAGCAGAGCCUGCCACGCACUACUGAAGGUCUCCUUUCAGUUUUCUGGGUAAAGUUUCAGCGGGUGGCGCUAUGGCGACGGAGCGUGAGAUCGACUACAGCCAGCGCGCCAGCGACGGCCGGCUGACGGUCAAGGUCAUCAUGUUGGGCGACAGCGCCGUCGGCAAGUCCAAGAUGAUGGAGCGCUUUCUGCUGGACGACUUCAAGCCGCACCAGCACUCGACGUUCGCUGUCAACCUGUUCCGGCACGAGUGCCGCGUCAAGGAGCGUGACGUGCUUGUCGACUUCUGGGACACGGCCGGCCAGGAGGUGUUCAAGUCGAUGCACCCGUCCUACUACCACCAGGCGCACGCCUGCAUCCUGGUGUUCGACGCCACGCGCAAGGUGACCUACAAGGGCCUGGCCGGGUGGUACCGCGAGCUGCGCGAGCAUCGACCGGAGAUCCCGGCGCUAUGCGCCGUCAACAAGAUCGACGAGAAUGCCGAGGUCACCUCCCGCUCCUUCAACUUCACCGAGAAGAACGGCAUGCCGCUCUACUACGUGUCCGCCUCCAAGGGCACCAACGUGGUCAAGCUGUUCACCGACGCCAUCGAGCGCGCGGUGGAGUACAAGCUGGACCCUACCGACGAGAUGGACCACAUCUUGGAGGAGCUGGAGCGAGACUGAAGGCGCCCCAUGGGACGCUGGUCUGGGCUCGGGCUGGCUGCUCACGCCGCUGCCGCCCUUCCGCCCGUGCGGGAGGGCCGGCCAGAGGCGAAGACGACGAGGAAGAUGGGCUGAUGCUCACUGUAUUAUCUCAUUGCGAUGAGUCGACCUGUAUCUCUCCGUCCAAAGAACUCCCCUGGUCAGCUCCUAGUCAGCCCCUAGUCACGGCAUGAAAGCACCUCAGGUUGUCUGAUGACGAUCUCGCUACUCAUGAAAGAGAGAGAGAGAGAGAGAGAGGGGGGGACGCUGCUGACGUGCAGAGAUGGCGAGAGGGUCGCGUUAACUACCUGUGAGCAGCGGGCGGGGCGGCGUCAGAUCGGCGUCUAAGCGCAGUUCGUCACAUCAGGUGAGGCGAUCCUCUGCCAGUGGUAUGAUCUCAUUUCGACUCCUGCGUUGUGCAGAGAAGGAAUACGUCCGUCCAAAAGCACCAUUGCUUUUGAAGCUCCGUUUCGUUCAAUGCAUGCGGCUGUGUAUAUUUCUCUGAACCUGCACCGUCUACACUAUCCCUAAGACGGGGCCAUUCCAAAGAAAAUGCCGUUUUGAAAUGUUUUAUUUGCGGUGCAUUAAAUAAUGCAUGUAUAUGUUUACCAUUGGUGUGUACCUUCAUCCAUGGAAAAGGAAGUUGUCAGUUCAAAGAGAGUGCGGUUUGGAAACGCUUUAUAUACGGUACAUUCAUCAGUUUAUCUUAUACCGGGCUCAACGUGUGGUGUACUGUGGUGUGGUGUUAAUUCGUGUACAGAAAGUGCGGAUUCAUGGGUAGCCCUGUCUGACUUGUGAUGCAAGGCUUUCACUGCAAUGCUUUACUUUUCAAACUUCGGAGAAUACAUGUGCAUGUGUUUGGUGA